CACACCUUUUUCUUUCUUUAUUCAUAUUAUAUCAUCACCAUCCCAUGUUUCUUUCUUUAAACAUUUUCUUGAAUUUCAAUCCAAAUUCCAACCAAUAAUCACAAAAAGCUUCAAUCUUUGAGCUGGGUUUUGGUCUAUGGGAUCUGGGCUAUCAUCUUUUUUACUUAUGUGUAACAGCACCACCGCUGGUCCGGUAGCUCCGCCGGUGCCGGGGCUAGGUGACUUGCCGGAAAGUGUAGUGGCGAAUGUUCUAGUGUACUUAAGCCCACAAGAGAUCUGUAAACUUGCAUCUCUUAACCGUGCUUUUCGCUAUGCAUCAACUGCUGAAUUUGUUUGGGAAUCUAAGUUGCCUAAUAAUUAUGAAAUGAUCAUUACAAGAGUAUUUGAUGAUAAUAAAAUUUGUUCAAGUAUUUGUAAAAAGGAGAUUUAUGCUAGGUUGUCUACACCUAGUCCUAUUGAUGGUGGUGCCAAGAGUGUUUGGUUAGAUAAAGGCACGGGAAAAGCCUGUGUAUUGAUAUCUUCCAAUGGAUUAGCAAUUACAGGGAUUGAUGAUCGCAGGUACUGGAGCUGGAUUUCUACCGAGGAAUCUAGAUUCCGUUCUGUGGCUUAUCUCCAGCAAAUUUGGUGGUUUGAAGUUGAUGGAGAGGUUGAGUUCCCUUUCCCAUGUGGGACCUACAGCCUCUAUUUCCGCCUACAACUUGGGCGUUCAGGCAGACGUUUCGGGCGCCGGGUCUGCAACUCCGAUCACAUCCAUGGCUGGGAUAUAAAACCAGUGAAAUUCCAGCUGUCAACUUCAGAUGGUCAGAAGGCGAUAAGUCACAGCUAUUUGACUGAUCCUGGAAAAUGGAAUCUUUAUCCAGCUGGUGAUUUUGUUGUUGAGGAUUCAAAGGUACCAAUGAAGAUCAAAUUUUCAAUGACGCAGAUUGAUUGUACACAUACGAAAGGUGGACUAUCUGUAGAUACUGUGAUCAUACGCCCUAAAUGAAAGAUUUAGAAGUUUUGUUUGAUAGACAUAAUCAAGGUUAGAAGCAACUUUUUUGAUUUGCAAGUAACCUUUUUCAGUAGAAUACGUCAUGUAUGUGUGAUAUAUGUAGUGAGGUGAGAUCAAGAACAAGUAAUUAGUAUUGUGUAUUUGUGUACAUUUUCUAAGUUGAGUGUUGCCCUUUUGGUAAUGUAAAGCAAGUUUUUGGCUAA